GCCCUCCUGCGUGACCACGCCGUCCCCGCCCCAGGCCGCCUGCAGCUUCUGCUUUCUCUUCCUCCUCCACGUGCUGUUCUGGGGCACAUGCAACAGGCCCCAUCUGGACCAUGUCCAGAAAUGGUACAAAUGCAGAUGUGGUCAUGGAUGGAGUUCCUUGUAAACGAAUGAAGGUGGAGGCAGUGGAUCCUGUUUCACCUUUGAACUUCAACAGCCCUGAAGCUCUCUUUGAGAGUUUGAUCUCACCCAUCAAGACAGAAACUUUUUUCAAAGAAUACUGGGAGCAGAGGCCCCUUCUAAUUCAGAGAGAUGAUCCCUCACUGGCUGCUUACUUUCAGUCCCUUUUCCAGUUAACAGAUUUGAAGAAUCUGUGCAGACAGGGGAUGUACUAUGGAAGAGAUAUAAAUGUGUGCCGAUGUGUGAAUGGGCGGAAGAAGGUGUUAAAUAAGAGUAGCAAAGUACACUACCUCCAACUGAGAAAAGAUUUUGAUCAGAAAAGGGCAACCAUCCAGUUCCACCAGCCUCAGAGAUUUAAGGAUGAGUUAUGGAAAAUCCAGGAGAAGUUGGAAUGUUUUUUUGGAUCUCUGGUUGGAUCUAAUGUGUAUAUAACUCCCUCAGAGUCCCAGGGCUUGCCUCCUCAUUAUGAUGAUAUUGAGGUGUUUAUCUUGCAAUUGGAAGGAAAGAAACACUGGCGCUUAUACCAACCCACCGUGCCACUUGCUCGAGAGUACAACGUGGAGCCAGAGGACAAAAUUGGGGCACCAACACAUGAGUUCACAUUAAAGCCAGGGGAUCUGUUAUACUUCCCCCGAGGGACCAUCCAUCAAGCUGACACUCCUCCUGGGCUAGCCCAUUCUACUCAUGUGACCAUCAGCACCUACCAGAACAAUUCAUGGGGAGACUUUCUUCUGGAUGUGAUUCCUGGGCUUCUCUUUGAUACUGCAAAGAAAGAAAUAAAAUUUCGAACUGGUAUACCACGGCAACUACUUAUGCAGGUGGACAACACAGCUGUUGCAACAGAGAGAUUAAGUGGCUUCCUAAGGCUGCUUGCAGACCAGUUGGAGGGUACCAGAGACCUGAGAUCAUCUGAAAUGAAGAAGGAUUUCAUUAGGAGCAGAUUGCCACCAUACUAUUUGGGGGAUGGUUCCAGUCUCUCCAUCCCAGAUGGAAAGUUCCCAAAAUUAAAUAGCAAAGUAAAACUUCGAUUUAAAGACUAUAUUGUUAUGACUGUGGAGACAGACAAGGAUACAUCUGGUGAGACUCAAGAGCAGAUGGUUUACAUUUAUCAUUCUUUGAGGAAUAAGCGGAAUGCACACAUGAUGUAUGGAAAUGACAAUGAAAUGGCUGAGGCUCUUGGACUUCGUUUUUCUUUAUCCCAUAUGGAUGCCCUGAAACAACUUUGGAGUUCUGAAAUUAUUUCUGUUAAGGAACUGAAACUAAAUACUGAUGCAGAAAAAGAAAACCUGGUAUUAGCACUCUGGACUGAAUGUUUAGUAGAAGUAAUCUAGUGCCUUUGCCAAGUCACUGCUUCCUAUAAAAGGGUAAAACAAUUUUUCCACUUACUUAAUAAAGAAUCAUUUGCUA